UAAGCGAGGUGAAACGGCCGGAGAUCGGAGGCAAGGAGCAGUGUUGGCUGAGCUCUGGCAACGAUCGCCUCAUUCUGUACGCCUGUACCGCGCUUUUAUAAUUCAUUAUUCGUAUAUCAUAAAUUGACCGGUGUCACGAGAUGAAUAAGCUAACACUUUCGCUGUUUGUGGCGAUUUUAGCUCUCGUCCACAGCGCGAGUAUAUUGGAUUUCCUGGAUUGGGAGGAUGGCAAGAAAUUAAUAGAGAUACCAGAAUUAAGAAAUGACCAACCGAAUAGAAAUUGUUUGUGCAAGGGGCCGGCUUGUGUUUGCUGCGUCGAUUUUAAUAUUACAUUCGUCGAUUUGGGAGGACCAGGAUGCGUUCACAUGAAAUAUCUGUCACCCGAAGAUGGCUUCUCCGUAAAUGUUUCGUAUGGAAAAAACCUUCUACACAGUUCGAAAAUACAAGGCUCAAACCCCGCACCAAUAUGCCUCCAAGUGUUUGGCAAAUUCGCCCAAGUGUGCGCCAAGUUCAGUGACUUGGCACCAACCGCUGAUGGUCUGAGAGGUUGCCUAGAAUUGGAACCAAAGCUAUUGGGAGAAGCUCAAUUGGACUUCCCUAUUGGCUGCUUUAAGUCUACACCUGGUGGUAUGGAAAUGGAAGAUCCUCCUGCUGAGGAAGAAUCAACCGAAGAACCAACAACAGAAGAAAACACAUUCGACGCUGAAUCAUUUUUAGUCAGCGUCUACCAAACAGCAGAACAGGGUGUAGCAUUUCUAAGUAGCCUUCUAGAUAUACCCUCAAAACGUAAUAUUACAACCACUAUUGCCCCUGCUACUAUACAACCAGAAACCCAACGAAGAGCAUCUAAAAACCUAAAACAUCCUAACCAACUGUGAUAAAAUAUUAUUAAUUACAGAAGUACAAAACAGCAUUUGAUAAAAAAUAGUUUAAGCUUGCCUAGCUCUCUAGUAACUGAAGUAACACUUCUCGUCCUAUUUAUUGCUUUAACGUACACUAGGAUAAAUAAACGUUUUAAAUGUU